GACAGACAGACAGACAGACAGACAGACAGACAGACAGACAGACAGACAGACAGACAGACAGACAGACAGACAGACAGACAGACAGACAGACAGACAGACAGACAGACAGACAGACAGACACAGAGACCAAUCCAGCCAGGUCUUCUCCCCACCUGGUUUAGUGCCGGCCUAGUUAGGUGUCCAGUAUCUAGUUAGGUGUCCCUUAUCUAGAUAGGUGUCCAGUAUCUAGUUAGAUUUCCAGUAUAUCUUGGUCCAGCCCUGCUACCCAGUGCUCCAGUCUCUGCAGCCUAUACCCAGGCCCCUCCAGACCAGGCUUUCUCAGGAUCAGGUAUCCUUGCCAGGCCUACCGCCUAACCACCUCCAGAUAAGCCUUCGUGGCCUCCAUUCCUCUAGCCAGGUAGCCCCGCCAACCCCAGUACUCCAGUCGUGCUGCUCCACCCAGGCUCUUCGAGUCCAGGUCCAGCUAUCGCUGUCCGGCCUGGCCAUGGUUCUGUGUGAGGACAGGGAGUGUGGGGUGUGUUAUCAGCCCUACUCUCGUCAGGAUCGGAUCCCCCGGGUGCUCCACUGUAGACACACCUUCUGUGCCACCUGCUUAGAGACCAUGUCCCAGCCCAAGAGUGACAUGGUCACCGUGUGCUGCCCGCUGUGCCGCCAGACCACCUGUGUAGGGCGCGGCCUCAGCCUUCAGGAGGCGCUGUGGGUCAACUCACGCCUCUGGGAAUACAUACCUGAGAGCAAAGAAGAGGAGGAGGAGGUGAAGGAAGAAGAGGAGGAGGAGGGGAAGGAAGAAGAGGAGGAGGAGAGAGUGGAGGCUGACAGACAGACACAGGCCUCCUCACAGGCAGAAUGCCCUACAUCGAAGCGCUCUAGAAAAAUGCUGAAAUUUCCGGCCUUCUUCAGGAAAUUCAGUCUGACAAAACCACAGCAUCAAGAGAGUCUUGUGCCAGGUUGUGGCAAUGUGGAGAUGAAAUCCUGGCGCAGGCUUCCAACUGCUGACACUUUUUAGGUCUCUCACGCGCUAGACGCAGGGAUGUACAUGUACUGUAUAAACAAUGGAGUGUUUACAGUUCCUCUCUGAUAUAAUAAUCUGCAUCUUUUGAACAAUGACGUGUAGAUUACCAGUUGACACCCACAGUCAACGGGCAACACUGUUAAAGAACAGCUCAGAGACAGUUGGGUCUGUAUCCAAUAUGGCACCCUAGUCCCUACAGGCUCUGGUUAAAAGUAGUGUACUAUAUAGGGAGGGUGCCAUAGGGCUCUGGUCUAAAGUAGUGCACUAUAUAGGGAAUAGGGUUCCAUAGGG